AACGAAGGAGGCUCACAGGCAUUUCCGUAAAUAACAUGAAAACCCAGGGCAAAAAGGAAAUCCACUCCCCACCCUGACGCUCUACAAUCCCUGCGGAAAUCGAGCCCCUCUCCCUGUUUUCCAAUCCUCUCUCCUACCCGCGCGCAGAUGGCGGUCCGAACGCGAGCAUAGGACUCGCUCCCGCUAGCAAUGCUGCGGUCGCCUGGCGUGUCAUCGAACUGCCUUUGCUGCCGCUCCAUCCUGACCGUCAUAUGGGGGGAGGCGCUCUCGUGGACGGCGUCCGUCGCUUGUUCCAGCGUCGCUCCAAGCAGCAAACCUCCCACAACGAGAAAAACGACCACAUCCGUUCUUUCCUAAAUCGACCACAGCAAGAAUCCAGAGACGGUGAGGGAGCAGCAGCAGUGGUAGAAGAAGAAGAGCUUGAGAUCAUUGAAGAUAUCGAGAUCUCGGGAUUGAAGCAUAUCAGAGUCCCGAACAGGAACAAGAUGGCCGGGUUCGAUUCCCAUAAGAAGAACAUGCUUGACACGGAAUUCUUCACAGAGUAUGGUGAAGCUAGUCAAUACCAAAUCCAAGAGGUCAUCGGCAAAGGAAGCUAUGGUGUAGUGGGUUCUGCUGUUGACACCCACACUGGAGAGAGGGUAGCAAUUAAGAAAAUCAAUGAUGUUUUUGAGCAUGUCUCCGAUGCUACCCGCAUUCUAAGAGAAAUCAAGCUCCUGCGGCUGCUUCGACAUCCAGAUAUUGUAGAAAUAAAGCAUAUAAUGCUUCCCCCAUCCCGAAGAGAAUUUAAAGAUAUUUAUGUAGUUUUUGAAUUGAUGGAAUCUGACCUCCACCAAGUAAUCAAGGCAAAUGAUGAUCUUACCCCUGAGCAUUAUCAGUUUUUCUUAUACCAGCUUCUUCGAGCUCUAAAAUACAUACAUACAGCAAAUGUGUUCCAUCGGGAUUUGAAGCCCAAAAAUAUCCUUGCUAAUGCGGACUGCAAACUGAAGAUUUGUGAUUUUGGGCUUGCACGUGUAUCAUUCACCGAUGCCCCAUCGGCUAUUUUCUGGACUGAUUAUGUAGCGACCAGAUGGUAUCGUGCUCCUGAACUCUGUGGCUCUUUCUUUUCCAAGUACACUCCUGCAAUUGAUAUUUGGAGCAUCGGAUGCAUAUUUGCAGAAAUGCUUACUGGGAAACCGUUGUUCCCUGGGAAGAAUGUGGUGCAUCAACUUGAUCUCAUGACUGAUUUGCUUGGCACUCCUCCAUCAGAAUCCAUUGCUAGGAUUCGGAACGAGAAGGCUAGAAGAUAUUUAAGUAGCAUGUGGAGAAAGCCACCGGUUCCAUUCUCACAGAAGUUCCCGAAUGCAGAUCCCUUGGCUCUUCGAUUACUUGAGCGAUUGCUUGCAUUUGAUCCAAAAGAUCGCCCGUCUGCUGAAGAGGCCCUAGCUGAUCCAUACUUUUCUGGUUUGGCGAAUGUAGAUCGCGAACCAUCGACGCAGCCCAUUUCAAAACUCGAAUUUGAGUUUGAAAGGAGGAAAUUGACAAAGGAAGAUGUUAGAGAGUUAAUUUAUCGAGAGAUACUGGAGUAUCAUCCCCAGAUGCUGCAGGAGUAUCUUCGUGGUGCUGAUCAGACUAGCUUCAUGUACCCAAGCGGGGUCGACCGAUUUAAGCGACAAUUCGCCCAUCUAGAGGAGCACUAUGGUAAGGGCGAGCGGAGCACUCCACUCCAGCGUCAACAUGCCUCUUUGCCCAGAGAGCGGGUAUGUGCAUCUAAAGAUGAUAUUGCUGAUCAAAGCAAUGGUUUUGAAAAGCGGACUGCAGCAUCCGUUGCUCGCACGACCCUUCAAAGCCCUCCGAGAUUUAACCAAAGUGAGGGAUUGGAACAUGCACAUAAGGAUGCAUCAACUACAGAAAAUGGCCCAAGUAAACCCGACAACAGUGCACAUGGUCUUUUGAAGAGUGCCAGCAUCAGUGCUUCUAAGUGCGUGGUUGUAAAUGGAAGAAGGAAUUCAGAGGAAGAAGCGAUCGCUGAGCACCAAGAUGAGGUGGUUGAUGGGUUGUCGCAGAAGGUGGCUGCAUUGUAUGCGUGAUGAUGCUGUUGUAAGUUCACAUGACGAUUUUAGGCAGAUGUGUGAUUGUUUUCAGAUUAGAUGGAGAUUGAUCGGCCAGGUUCGAUGCCACUAUGCAUCCAAGAUUUUCGUCCUUUACUUAUCAGGCAGACACUAAUUGGGAAAUUUCCUACAGUUGUAUUAUUUAUUGUUGUUAUUUUAUUUUUUUUUGUAUUGCCAUCGCAUGAAGAUGCUAACAGUGUUGAAAUAGCUACUAUUUAUUAUCUGGAUCUGGAUUCACUGCUA